GGUGCAUGGAGGAGGACAUCUGGCUUCCCUUCCUGUAAAGAAGGCUCUGGGCAGGGACAGCGUAUCCCGGAGACAGGCUGACCAUGGAAGAUGGUGAGAAGGAGAGUGGUGACACCCCUCUUGGGCUGCCGGUGACAUAUAAAGCUGGAUGGCUGAAGAAAAGCAGUGGGUUGCUGGGACUGUGGAAAGAUCGGCACAUUGUGCUUCUAAAAACCCAGCUGUUGCUGUGCGAGAGUGAGAAUGACCAGAAAGGUGAGGCAGUGGAGCUUGCAGACUAUGAACGGUGCCAAGACCAUAAAGGCUUUCUAAAGCGGAAGAGGCAUUUCACACUUAUACCCUCACCUCAAACCAAGGGUCAAGAUCUGAAAUUUCAGGCCAGGAACGUGGAGGAGAGAGAUGCGUGGAUCCAAGCACUGAAUGAGGGGAUCAGCCGAGGAAAAAACAAAAUUUUUGAUGAGGUGAAAGUAGAUACCAGCUGCUCAUUAGAUCACGUGACCAGGGACCGAGCCCAGAAGGGAGCAGCAAAGAGAAGACCUCCUACCAGGAUCCACCUCAAGGGGGUGGCUGAAGCUGCUGAAGAUGGAUCUUCAAUAUUAGACCUAGAAAAACUGGAAGGUGUGGUACAUAAGCCAGCAGUGUCCAUGUCUGAAGAUACAAAGGCAUCUCCUGAAAAGGGACCUGUAAAGAUCCCUACACCACAAACAGAGCCAGUUUUGGCCCCAGAGAAAAAACCUGUGAAAAUUCCUGUUCCGCCACCAAAACAAGGUCCUAUGCCAGAAAAAGAACACACAAAAAUACCUACGCUACCUCUAGAUAAGACUUCUGUACAACCAUCCAUAGGAAAGCCCCAUCCAGAUAACACAGACAGUGUUGCACCAAUCAUUCGCCCACCAUCACCACCACCCAAAAUCCUUAAAGAGAACAUUUAUGCAAGAGAAAAACUUUUGUCCAAUGGUGGAAACACAAACCCUGAAGUAAAUUUGCCUGUUAGUGGGAGCAGAGAAAACUUGGUAGAUAUCAAUAAUCCUCCCCAACCUCCUCCAAAGAUCUUAUCUGACAAAAUGAAGAUUAAAUGGGAAGGAUCCACAUCAGAUCUAAUGGACAAAGAUUCAAUAAAGCCAGUUGACAGAGGGAGCAAAGAGAACCUGGUGGAAUUUGAUUCUAAUGAACUUGAAAAGACUUCUGUUGAGUCAGCUGAGUUGUCAGAUGAAGCAAAAGAACCAGAGCUGAACGAUGACAUGAACAGCCAACAGUCUAAUGAUCAGGACAUCUUUGAUCAGCUAGAUGAGAAAACCACUGAAGAAGUGGAAGAGGGUUCCGAUAAUUCUGAAACUAAAGAAAUGCCUGACCCUAGUGAAGUGCAGAAGAAGGAAACAGCUAAAGAAGAGGCUUUUGAAGACUCAGGUUGCAUCCAAAGUAUGGAAGAACAGUCCUCACAAGUACAGAGCACACUAACCCAAAUUAAUCCUGCAUUAGCAAAGUCAACCAUUCCUGAGAGAAUACCCAGAUCAUCCUCCCUGGGAGACUUCCUUUCAGAAGACAGUAUGGGUUCUGAAAGCAGGAGUGGGCAUAAAACGCCAAUGUUACAUCUUACUAAGGACCAUCUGCAACAAGUUGAAAUGAAGCUUGCCCGUGGAAGGGAGAAAACAGAGACACUUUUAAAUCGGGUCUUGCAGGGCGAUCUUAUAAAUAGUCCUGAAGGCAAUGGGCCAGAGGCAGAGACGCUUCUAAAUGAGGCUGUGAAGCAACUCAAAGAGGCAUCAGAAGUAUUACAAGAGUUACAAGAAUCCAGUAAUGUAUCAAUAGAUGUGGCUGGGGCAGUAACCUUGAAAAAGAGAGACCUAGUGACUUUGUACAGGAGAAGUGUCCCUUAGCCUCCACUCAAGUGUCCUCACAAUACUGAGAAUAAACCUCAGAAGCGGAGCCAUGGUUGGACUGGGGGAUGCAGGGCCCACCGGAGCUGCCAUACUAGGGGCCCCCCCACUGCCCACCCAACCCUCUCUGAACACGCAUACAAUAUAGUUACCUUUGGACGUGUUGGGGGAGGGAGAUCAGAGGCCCGAGGGAGUGGAACUCUGAGAUAAGCACCACCCUUCUAAAACUGCUUUGGCACUUUAUCUUGUACACCUUCUCUCUUUUGUGUCAGUGUUUCCUGGGGAACAGAAUGGACAUUGUAGAUUAUUGUACACAAGCCAUGAUGCAAGCUUAGCUAACAAGUGAUUCUAAAUGCAUUAUACUGUAUAUGAUUAUAAAUAGACAUAUUCAUAGGUUCAUCGUACACUCCAAAUUACACAAAGCAAAACAGAUAUAAUAUUUAAAUAUAUUAAAUGUAUAUUAAAAAGUGGUUAUUUUUUACAAAGCAUAGAUUAAAUGUUACAUAUCAAAAGGGGUUGUUCACCUUUAAGUUAACAUUUUGUAUGUUAUAAACUGGCCAAUUCUAAUCAACUUCUCAUUCGGUAUUAUUUUUUUCUUUUAUAGUUUUUGAAUAAUUUGCCUUUUUCUUUCGACUCCUUAUAGCUUUUAAAUGGGGGGUACCGACCCCAGCAUCCUAACAAUUAUUGCUCCAUGAGGGUACAUUUUAAUUGUUAUUGUUAAAUUGUAUUACUUAACAUGCUAUUUGGGCCCUCUCCUAUUCAUCUUAGGGUCUCUCAUUAAAAUCACUGCCUGGUUGCUAGGGUAAUUUGCAACCAGAUAGCUGCAAAAAUUCCAAACUGGAGAGCUGCUGAACAAAGAGCUACAUAAUUUAAAAACCACAAAUAAUACAUACCAGUUGCAAACUGUCUCACAAUAUCACACUCUACUUAAUACUAAAAGUUAAAUUAUAGGUGAACAAGACUUUUUAAAAUGGAUCUGCUAUUGUCCCCUGCCUUUCCCUUACAAAAAGAUCAUGUGAAAUACACCUGUAAGGUAUAAUGACCUUUGAAUGAACGCAUUAUACAAAAGUUACAUAUUUCCCUAUUUGAGAUAUCACUCACUUGUCAUGAGAAAUAAAAUAAUUUCUAUGCUCUAA